AUGCAUCCUUCUAUUGUAUCCGUCUCCAUCAUCAAACCUUCCUACCGUCCAUAUUUCUCCACUGACAGAACCCAUCCAUCUUCGAUCCAUCGACUAUCAUAUCACCUCCGAUUAGCACCUCCGUCACCGCCCUGCUCUCCGAUCGAAGGCAUCCAGAGUUACUCACCCCAAUCAUUAUCAGUAGUUGGAGCAUUCUCUUGUCGUGUUCCACCACUUCAGAUUAGCGCCACCCCUUUUCAUGUAAUAGAUGAUGAUGGUGAUGACACUUCCCACCAUGAGCCACCACCUUCUACUGCUUCACCUUCUACAGCAUCACCUUCUGCUGCUUCACCAUCUGGUAACCCCAACAAAAGGGCUAAACCCUCAACUCCUAUACCUCCUCGUGCCUUACCGUCUGCUUCUUUACCUGAUGGAACUUCUAUUGCUGGUACAAAGUUUGACUAA